AUGUCGCAGCCCAGGGUCACCAUCACCCUUGGUCGCUCUGGUCAGGUUGUGGAGAGGGGGGGAUCGGCAUCAGACUCUGCGAGAGUGCAUGGCUAUAGUGGGCUAGUUUCUGGAAGUAAGCGAUCAAUGGGAGACAGACUUGGGAGUAAUGCUCAUGGUCUUUCAUUUUCUGCUGGCAAGCGGCAACGAGGAGAUGGUAGAAAAUGGAGUGGGGGUGACAAACAACUGCAUGAUUCACGAAUCAGUCGAAAUGACCUCAGAUUGAAGUUGUUGCGUAAAAGAUUAUUUAAGCAAACUGGUGGAGCUGUUGAAGAGCGCAAGCGGAUGGACCCUCGUGUAAAGCUGUCAAAACCUGUUCAUCCAUCGGUGAGAUAUCAGAUGCUGCAGCACGAAUCAGAAACAAAUGGAAGUAGCGUGAUGAUGAAAAUUCCUCCCAGUGAAAGUGCAGGUGAUUUAUACCAGGUAAAUUCACGAAGGAACUUCUACUCUUCUCAACCGAGGGAUGGAUUGAGAGCUAGAUCCCCACCAAGAAAUUUUGAUGAGCUGCGCCCAGCAUCAUCAUUUAGGGCAGUUGAUGCCUCUAGAUCUGGCCAGUUCCUGAGAAAUGGUAUGGUUGGUGGUUCUCAGCCAACAGACUCCUUACUUUUCACAAUGAAAGCUACCCCUCAAGCUGCCAGGCCAGUUGCACAAUUUGCUCCAGCAAGUGGCAGCAUGCAGAAAAGUUCACUUAUGGGGGAUGAACCUCUAACUGUUCCUGGCUUGUUGCAUAGACUUGGUUUGGGAAAAUAUGUCAUUAUUUUCCAGGCUGAAGAAGUUGACAUGACUGCUUUGAAGCAGAUGGGGGAUAAGGACCUCAAAGAGCUGGGGACCAAGAAAAAAGAUUCUUCUAGCUCUUCUGCCCCGUACGAAACGGCAACCCCCAUAAUCUCUACUUCCAACGAUGCAAUGUAA